AAAGGCAUUUUUGCCCAAACGAAGAACCGUUACCCCAACUGCUCAGAGGCAGGGGAACGCCAGAGCCCAGAACUCAAGAGUGACUUCCCUCAUCCACUCCCAAACCUCUCUCUUUCUCUCACACACACACACACACACACACACACACACACACACAUACACUGCAGGAGGCUGUUGGACAGCCACAAUGAAGCCUGGACCUUCAGUGGAUCGGACCAUUGUCACCCUCUCCAUCUAUGGGAAACUUGCCGUGGCCGUUGUUGCUCAGCCUGGACCGGAGCUUUUGGUUGGACUUUUUCUGUUGACCUCAAGAUAGAUAUAGAGCUUAAGCUUGUAGGAUGAUGAUUGAGCUGCACAGCACCGAGGAUAGUGGAGGCGGCGGCCGCCACGUGGACAUCCUGAGCACCGAGGAGCUGGAGUGUAAGAUUUGCUACUGUGCGUACAACCUGGGGAGUCGCAGGCCGAAGGUGCUCGAGUGCUGCCACCGUCUGUGCGCCAAGUGCCUCACAAAGAUCCUGGACCUGGGUGAGUCGCCUCCCAACGUUGUUGUGUGCCCCUUCUGCCGCUACGUUACCCGGGUGCUGGGGCCGGCGGUGAGCAGCCUGCCAGAUGACUGCAACCUGGUGGCGGCGCUGGCCUUCCAAAGCAGGAACCAGAGGAACCUCCACUUCCACCAGGAGGCGACCACGGAGCUGCUCCUCAGCCCCGGACGCCUGAGCUCGCUGUUGGGCAGCAACCACUCGGUCACAUCCCCUUCCUCCUCUUCAUCUGCUUCUUCUUCCUCCAACACCUACUCCUCCAUCCGGGGCUCCCCUAACUUUGUGGUCAUCACCAUCAUGGAGCCUCCGCCAAUGCCCUCAUCCACCCCAGACCUCCGUCGCCACGACACGUCACGCGGAUCCCACACGUCGAACCGGAGCUUCCACUCAUCCAGUCCGGACUCCAUGGCGUCCAUCACGCAGAGGUGGACGGUGUGGAACUGCGCGUCCCUCCUGUGCCAGACGUCGGCCCGGGCGCUGGUGUGGGUGCUGGGGCUGCUGUACUUCAGCUCGCUGCCCAUGGGCGUCUACCUGCUCAUCAUGCAGAGGACAACGCUCGGCAUGCUGCUGGUGAGCCUGGUUCCCGCCAGCCUCGUCCUGAUCAUGGUCUACGGCUUCUGCCAGUGUAUCUGCCAUGAGCUGUGGGACUGCAUGCCCCCGUAAUGGGACCAGAGGAUGAAUGGGCAAUGGUUGGCUUUGAAUAUGCUUGACAAUGGAUCUCCAGAAUUCACUAAUGGGAACGUUACUGUUUAACUGACCAUGUAGACGCUUCAAUAGCAAAUCAUGUACAUCAUGUACAAAUGCAACGUUUCAUUAUUAUACAUGUUCAUUUGUGCUUUGUUCAGCUUGGUAGCAAACUCAUCACCUGAUAGAGCUCAAAGUGUCAGAUUUAGUUACAACUUUAAUGCCAAUUAUGGUGGAAUUCAUAAUAAAAUAAAAAAUAAAUAAAAAUAAAAGGGAUUUAAGGUGGUAAUAAUAACUAUAUCUGCCACAUGGAUGUACUUUGUUAAAGAUUGCAUCACAGCCUUUACAAGCAUUUUUUCUAAAAGCAAGACAAUCAAACUUCCCAAACACACUUUUCACCUCUGCAUUUGGUUUUAUUUGUUGACGUUUGGGUCCCAGGGACCUUUCUCUAGACACGUAGUAAUCACAUGUCUAAUGUCUAAGUCUGGCAGCCGAAAUAAAUCAAUUCAAUAGAAA